UCACAUGAACGUGUCCUCUCACAUGAUUACUGCUCUUGAAAUAAAUUCAGAAAAAUACGUUCUAUUUGCGCGAAAGACUAUGUCAAAUAAAAUACACGAAUAUUUCGAUACCGCAUAUUCCCAAUGGAAUAUUCGCGAUUUUUUGGAUAAGUGUGAUUUAGAACCACUCGGACAGAAGACAGAUUGUUAUGUUAGGUGUCUUAAAACCAUUGCUAAUCGCGAGACUGAUCGCAGGCGUGAAAAAGCACAGGAACUACUCGACAGGUUCCGAGCCGAGUCACGAAGCCAGUGUUGGAGCGUAUACGACUUACGAGGUCGUCUUACGUUCAAGGUUACGAGCCGAUCUGACACUGGCCCUGCUGGGGCAUAUACGACUUACGAGGGUACUCGGCCAGAUCGUCAAUUAGCAAGAAGUUGGGAUAAAGAACGUUCUUAUAAGAAUAAAUCAGCCGAACCUUCAGUUCACGUCCACCAUCCAACGUUUAUAGGAGGAGGGACUGUUAGUGGGAUUAUAAACUCUGAAACUUUCAUUUCCGGAUCAUCAGAAAAGGAUCAGAAAAAGGCACAGGAUCCAGUUGACAAUAUCAGCGCCUUCUUCAAAGAUCCCUCUGGCGUAAAGGUAACAAAAUUUAUUGAGAAACUUCGGGAAUUAAGUGACGACUCAGGAAAUAUAAGUGAUGACUCCAAAAAAACAUUCGAUGAAGAGGUUAAAGUCGAAUAUGAAUCGCAGAACUCUCCUUCCGUAUCUGACGAUGACGAUUCGAAAGAAUCGGCUUCUGAUACCGAUGCAUCUGAGGACAAUAUAAAUGGGAAGGAUCUCCCAAAAAUUGACAAGACGGCUUUUUGUAAGACCUAUUAUGCUAUCCCAAACUCUACAAAGUUGCAGUUGAGCACAGGCAGGAUAGUGGAAGACAUCCUUUUUGAAUUUGCUAAAGACAUGGACUAUGAACAGUAA